AUGGCAUCUAUGGCUGUGUUUGCCACCUUGCUGGUACACCUACUAGUGCACUGUAGCACGCAGGCCAACCCAGUACCAGCCAAGAUUCUUGGAAAGUAUGUGUUGUCGUAUCAAUCGCCCGGAUCAAACAUCCACCUUGAUGCUCACGAAGAUCCGGAAGAGAUAAACGAAUUGUCCAAUGGUAUCGAAAGUGGUGAAAGUAAUACAGAGUUCGUCAACCCUCAAACCGCGUCCAACCAUUAUCGAUAUCGACCACAGUAUCAAGAAUCAGCCGAUCAGUAUGAGGACCAGGAACAGGAACAUGAUAGUGCCGACUAUGCUGAUGAUUCCGCCACGGCCAGUGCUAACCAUCAGCAUCACUACAUGACCACCUAUAAGACUGUUACCAAACAUGGUGGCAAAACACGAAAUCGACCCAAUUAUUCAGAUGCUGACAGUGAGGAGGAAGAGGAUGAGGUGGACACGAAUGCCAGCGAAGAAUCGAACGCUUACAAUGCUUUCCGAGGUUAUCAUAAUAAGGGUAAAAAACAUCAGACUCAUCAUGCUACCAGCAGCAGCACGGGAACUUCUUCUGGUCAUGAUGGGCAAUUUAGCUAUCAUCAUUAUAGCCAACAUCACCACCGGCCAAAACACCAGGAGCAGCAGCAACAGCAGUCACAUCAUUAUCACCAUCAGGUAUCUUCGGCCCAUACCUCCUACCAUCCACAGCUUAUACAGGCGUACAAGAUACUGCACGGAACUCCUAACCGUUUGCCAACGUCACACGAAUACAGCGAUGACGAUGGCAGUGAGGAGGAGGACGAAGAUGCAGAUUUUCACAGCGGCUCAGCUAUCGGAGCAGCUGCCGGAACACUGCCCGGUUAUGGGGGACCAGGACCACAGAUCAUUCACACCAAAGGGCGAGCUAUUCCGAUCAGUCAACAUGUAGAAAUCGAAACCCCUGUACCGGUACCUUACGUUAAGAAGAUCCACGUGCCUAUCCCACAGGAAGUCCGGGUGAAAAUUCCUCACCCUGUACUAGUGCCAGUUCCGCGCCCUUACCCCGUUCACAUACCGGUAGCCCAACCUAUCGCCGUUCCUGACAUUAAGGAGAUCACCGUACCAAUCGAAAAGAUUGUUCCAUAUCCGGUGGAAAAGAAGAUUCCCGUGCCCAUAGAGAAACCGGUACCGUACCCGAUCGAGAAGCACGUUCCCGUCUACCUACCACAGCCCAUUCCGGUGAAGGUGCCAAUCGUGAAAACAAUUAUUCACAGAGUCAAACAACAAACUGCCAGCGGCCCUACUUUACCUCCCGGAAGCGGUUCCUUGUGGUAG